CUCCAGAGGCCUGCCACUACCUGGCGCUUCUUCAUGCCAGGCACGUGACCGAGCGGUCGGCGCGUUUCUUGAAACUAUGUCGUGGCUGGAUUACGUCAACAAACAGCUGAUCGCCACAGGGUCAGUGCGGGACGCCUUGAUCGCCGGAGACGACGGAGUCGUCUGGGCUCAGAGUCGCGGAUUUGAGCCGAAGCCGGAGGAAGUGCUGCGUGUCAUCGAGUCCCUGAAGGACGGCGGACAGUCGCUGGCCGAGGACGGCAUCCGAGUAGCAGGCACGCGGUACAUCUACCUGAACGGCGAGCCCGACCGCUUCUUCAGCUGCAAGCGCAGCACGGUGGGCCUGUACGUGCGCCGCACGGAACGGGUCGUCGUCGUCGCCCUCUACGAGGACCCCGUCACCAGCCGGCAGUGCGCCGACUGCGUCAUCAACCUCUGCAACUACCUCGCCACGAAAGGGUUCUGAGACGACCGGCGGCGGCGGCGGCGGCGGCGCGGAGGGCGGACGUAAUGGGAAAGGCGAAGUGGUGCACGCAUAUCGACAUGGACGCAUGCCUGGCUAUGGAUAUGGGAGCAUCAUGUAUGGACGGCUUAGCCUCCGAAGCCGUCGGUAAUCUGACGACUGCAAACGCUCGUUCGCAUCUCAGUGACGCCGAAAAUAUCAACAGCGACUGGUCGUUCCAUUACCGACCGUUUAAACGAGCCGUCGAGCAGCGAGGCGCGCACCAGAACCACGCGUCAGCAGCCAACGUGCACGCGCCACGGAGCACGCAGCUUCCAUCCCCCCGAGCAUAGCUGCUCUCAUCAACGCCCGGCGAUUCCACGACGGCGCCAUCACGCCCAGCCACCCCGCCAAUAUGAAUUCCAGUCGGACCAAUUUGCCAGUGGCUGAACGAGCGGCCGUGCCCCAUCUGCCGAUGAUGGCGGUCCCAAGCACCAGCUGAGGUCAACAUCGGGCCGCCGCCCCCUGACGACAGAAUAGCGGCCAAUUUCGCGCCACUAGCUGCGCGCUUAUUCAGUCAUCGCAGUUACCGCGCGCUCAAAAUCCCAUUACUACUAUUGCUACUCAUUCGGCUUUGGUACAGGUUAUCCGACGCUGAGUUAUUAUAUUGCAACACACAUACAUAUUUGUUACUGAUAUCAAACCUAUUA